AUGGUAUGGCCAUUUGGAUCAAAGGAAAAAGACGUGGCAGAGAUAAAGAAAGAAUUACCUAUUGAUUUACAGGAGUUCUUUGACGAGGCCAAUCCCAAGCCUCAUUCGUCCAUAUUUGAGCCAUCGCCCAAACAAAAGCUCGUGGAGCAAAUACUACUGGAAAAUGAAAAAACUGCACAAUAUUCACACGAGUUGGAUGACUACAAAAGACAACAAAACGCUGGUGUUGUUCUGGCGGUAAAUUGUUCAGAAAUCAGAAUGCAGAUGUUGGAAUGUGUAAAACAAUGGAAGUUUAUGGGUGAAAUGAAUCAGUGUUCAGAUUUCGUGAAUAAGUAUUCUGCUUGUGAUAAGAUACAAAAAGACGCCUUAAAGCAUUUGUUCUAUGAUGAUUGUUAUAAAGUUGAGCAAUGUAAACGAAUUCGGUAUGCAGUAGAUCUCUUUUUUGUGAAGAACUUUGGCCGAUAUGGUGAAGAUGUCAAUGAAGAGACGAAAGCCAAAUUUGACGAUGACAUAGAUAAAGCUUUCUAUAGGGUAUGGAAGAAAUAA